UCUCUCGCGAGAAACCGCUGCGCGGACGAUACUUGAAGAGGUGGGGAAAGGAGGGGGCCGCGGGAGCCGCUGCAGAGACUGUGGGUGCCACAAGCGGACAGGCGGCCACAGCUGGGACAGCUGCGAGCGGAGCUGAGCGGAGCGGUGGCUGCAGCGGCCAGGACCGGGAGCAGUCGCCGCCGCCUCCUCGGGAGUCGGAGCCGCCGCUUCUCCACUGGCAGGGGCCGCCUGAAGUGGGAGCAGCGCCUGGAGAAGGCGGGAGGAGCCCGGCCCGGGGGACGGGCGGCAGGAGAGCGGGACCCCGGUGGCGCGGUGCGCUUCAGGGCGCAGCGGCGGCCGCAGACCGAGCCCUGGGCGCAGCAGGAGGCGGCGGGAGCCGGCGGCGGCUCGGCAUCAUGCGGCGAGGGGGCCUGCUGGAGAUCAUCCUGGGAUUUACCGUGCUUUUAGCGUCCUACACGAGCCACGGGGCGGACGCCAAUUUGGAGGCUGGGAACGUGAAGGAAACCAGAGCCAGCCGGGCCAAGAGAAGAGGAGGCGGAGGACACGACGCACUUAAAGGACCCAAUGUCUGUGGAUCACGUUACAAUGCCUACUGUUGCCCUGGUUGGAAAACCUUACCUGGCGGAAAUCAGUGUAUUGUCCCCAUUUGCCGGCAUUCCUGUGGGGAUGGAUUUUGUUCGAGGCCAAAUAUGUGCACUUGCCCGUCUGGUCAGAUAGCUCCUUCCUGUGGCUCCAGAUCCAUUCAACACUGCAGUAUUCGCUGUAUGAAUGGAGGUAGCUGCAGUGACGAUCACUGUCUAUGCCAGAAAGGAUACAUAGGGACUCACUGCGGACAACCUGUUUGUGAAAGUGGCUGUCUCAAUGGAGGAAGGUGUGUGGCCCCCAAUCGAUGUGCAUGCACUUACGGCUUUACUGGACCCCAGUGUGAAAGAGAUUACAGGACAGGCCCAUGUUUUACUGUGGUCAGCAACCAGAUGUGCCAGGGACAACUCAGCGGGAUUGUCUGCACAAAAACGCUCUGCUGUGCCACAGUCGGCCGAGCCUGGGGCCACCCCUGUGAGAUGUGUCCUGCCCAGCCUCACCCCUGCCGCCGUGGCUUUAUUCCAAAUAUCCGCACAGGAGCUUGUCAAGAUGUGGAUGAAUGCCAGGCCAUCCCCGGGCUCUGUCAAGGAGGAAAUUGCAUUAAUACUGUUGGGUCUUUUGAGUGCAAAUGCCCUGCUGGACACAAAUUUAAUGAAGUGUCACAAAAAUGUGAAGAUAUUGAUGAAUGCAGCACAAUUCCUGGAAUCUGUGAUGGGGGCGAAUGUACAAACACAGUCAGCAGUUACUUUUGCAAAUGUCCCCCUGGUUUUUACACCUCUCCAGAUGGUACCAGAUGCAUAGAUGUUCGCCCAGGAUACUGUUACACAGCCCUGGCAAAUGGGCACUGCUCUAACCAGCUGCCACAGUCCAUAACCAAGAUGCAAUGCUGCUGUGAUGCCGGCAGAUGCUGGUCUCCAGGGGUCACUGUCGUCCCUGAGAUGUGUCCUAUCAGAGCAACUGAGGAUUUCAACAAGCUGUGCUCUGUUCCUAUGGUUAUUCCUGGGAGACCAGAAUAUCCUCCCCCACCCCUUGGCCCCAUUCCUCCAGUUCUCCCUGUUCCUCCUGGCUUUCCUUCUGGACCUCAAAUUCCGGUCCCUCGACCACCAGUGGAAUAUCCGUAUCCAUCUCGGGAACCACCAAGGGUGCUGCCAGUCAACGUCACUGACUACUGCCAGUUGGUCCGUUAUCUCUGUCAAAAUGGACGCUGCAUUCCAACUCCUGGGAGUUACCGGUGUGAGUGCAACAAAGGGUUCCAGCUGGACCUCCGUGGAGAGUGCAUUGAUGUCGAUGAAUGUGAGAAAAACCCCUGCGCUGGUGGCGAGUGUAUUAACAACCAGGGUUCGUAUACCUGUCAGUGCCGAGCUGGAUAUCAGAGCACACUCACACGGACAGAAUGCCGAGACAUUGAUGAAUGUUUACAGAAUGGCCGGAUCUGCAAUAAUGGGCGCUGCAUCAACACAGAUGGCAGUUUUCAUUGCGUGUGUAAUGCAGGCUUUCACGUUACACGAGAUGGGAAGAACUGUGAAGAUAUGGAUGAAUGCAGCAUAAGGAACAUGUGCCUUAAUGGAAUGUGUAUCAAUGAAGAUGGCAGUUUUAAAUGUAUUUGCAAACCUGGAUUCCAGCUGGCAUCAGAUGGGCGUUAUUGCAAAGACAUUAACGAGUGCGAAACCCCUGGGAUCUGCAUGAAUGGGCGUUGUGUCAACACUGACGGCUCCUACAGAUGUGAAUGCUUUCCGGGACUGGCUGUGGGUCUGGAUGGACGUGUGUGUGUUGACACACACAUGCGGAGCACAUGCUAUGGUGGAUACAAAAGAGGCCAAUGUAUCAAACCUUUGUUUGGUGCUGUCACUAAAUCUGAGUGCUGUUGUGCCAGCACUGAGUAUGCCUUUGGGGAACCUUGCCAGCCGUGUCCUGCACAGAAUUCAGCGGAAUAUCAGGCACUCUGCAGCAGUGGGCCGGGGAUGACGUCUGCAGGCAGUGAUAUAAAUGAAUGUGCACUAGAUCCUGAUAUCUGCCCAAAUGGAAUCUGUGAAAACCUUCGUGGAACCUAUAAAUGUAUAUGCAAUUCAGGAUAUGAAGUGGAUUCAACUGGGAAAAACUGUGUUGAUAUUAAUGAAUGUGUACUGAACAGUCUCCUUUGUGACAAUGGACAGUGUAGAAAUACUCCUGGAAGUUUUGUCUGCACCUGCCCCAAGGGAUUUAUCUACAAACCUGACCUAAAAACAUGUGAAGACAUUGAUGAAUGCGAAUCAAGUCCUUGCAUUAAUGGAGUCUGCAAGAACAGCCCAGGCUCUUUUAUUUGUGAAUGUUCUUCUGAAAGUACUUUGGAUCCAACAAAAACCAUCUGCAUAGAAACCAUCAAGGGCACUUGCUGGCAGACUGUCACCAUCGAUGGGCGGUGUGAGAUCAACAUCAAUGGAGCCACCUUAAAGUCCCAGUGCUGCUCCUCCCUCGGUGCUGCAUGGGGGAGUCCGUGCACCCCAUGCCAAGUUGAUCCCAUAUGUGGUAAAGGGUACUCAAGGAUUAAAGGAACACAGUGUGAAGAUAUUGAUGAAUGUGAAGUAUUCCCAGGAGUGUGCAAAAAUGGCCUGUGUGUUAACACUAGGGGGUCAUUCAAGUGUGAGUGUCCCAAUGGAAUGACUUUGGAUGCCACAGGAAGGAUCUGUCUAGACAUCCGCCUGGAAACCUGCUACCUGAGGUAUGAGGACGAGGAGUGCACCCUGCCUAUUGCUGGCCGCCACCGCAUGGACGCCUGCUGCUGCUCUGUCGGGGCAGCCUGGGGUACUGAGGAAUGCGAGGAGUGUCCCAUGAGAAAUACCCCUGAGUAUGAGGAGCUGUGUCCCAGAGGACCCGGAUUUGCCACAAAAGAAAUUACAAAUGGAAAACCUUUCUUCAAAGAUAUCAAUGAGUGCAAGAUGAUACCCAGCCUCUGCACCCACGGCAAGUGCAGAAACACCAUCGGCAGCUUUAAGUGCAGAUGUGACAGCGGCUUUGCUCUUGAUUCUGAAGAAAGGAACUGCACAGACAUUGACGAAUGCCGCAUAUCUCCUGACCUCUGUGGCAGAGGCCAGUGUGUGAACACCCCCGGGGACUUUGAAUGCAAAUGUGACGAAGGCUAUGAAAGUGGGUUCAUGAUGAUGAAAAACUGCAUGGAUAUCGAUGAGUGUCAGAGAGAUCCUCUCCUAUGCCGAGGUGGUGUUUGCCACAACACAGAGGGAAGUUACCGCUGUGAAUGUCCGCCUGGCCAUCAGCUGUCCCCCAACAUCUCCGCGUGUAUCGACAUCAAUGAGUGUGAGCUGAGUGCACACCUGUGUCCCAAUGGCCGCUGUGUGAACCUCAUAGGGAAGUAUCAGUGUACCUGCAACCCUGGCUACCAUUCAACUCCCGACAGGCUAUUUUGUGUUGACAUUGAUGAAUGCAGCAUAAUGAACGGUGGUUGUGAAACCUUCUGCACAAACUCCGAAGGCAGCUAUGAAUGUAGCUGUCAGCCGGGAUUUGCGCUAAUGCCUGACCAGAGAUCGUGCACCGACAUCGAUGAGUGUGAAGAUAAUCCCAAUAUCUGUGAUGGUGGUCAGUGUACAAAUAUCCCUGGAGAGUACAGGUGCUUGUGUUACGAUGGAUUCAUGGCAUCUGAAGACAUGAAAACUUGUGUAGAUGUCAAUGAGUGUGACCUGAAUCCAAAUAUCUGCCUAAGUGGAACCUGUGAAAACACAAAAGGCUCCUUUAUCUGCCACUGUGAUUUGGGCUACUCUGGCAAGAAAGGAAAAACUGGCUGUACAGACAUCAAUGAAUGUGAAAUUGGAGCACACAACUGUGGCAGACAUGCUGUGUGUACCAACACAGCAGGAAGCUUCAAAUGUAGCUGCAGUCCUGGGUGGAUUGGAGAUGGCAUUAAGUGCUCUGAUCUGGAUGAAUGUUCCAAUGGAACUCAUAUGUGCAGCCAGCAUGCAGACUGCAAGAAUACCAUGGGAUCUUACCGCUGUCUGUGCAAGGAAGGAUACACGGGCGAUGGCUUCACUUGUAUAGACCUUGAUGAGUGCUCCGAGAAUCUGAAUCUCUGUGGCAAUGGCCAGUGCCUCAAUGCCCCAGGAGGAUACCGCUGUGAAUGCGACAUGGGCUUCGUGCCCAGUGCUGACGGGAAAGCCUGUGAAGAUAUCGAUGAGUGCUCCCUUCCGAACAUCUGUGUCUUUGGAACUUGCCACAACCUCCCUGGCCUCUUCCGCUGUGAGUGUGAGAUAGGCUAUGAACUGGACAGGAGCGGCGGGAACUGCACAGAUGUUAAUGAAUGCCUGGAUCCAACCACGUGCAUCAGUGGGAACUGUAUCAACACUCCAGGCAGCUAUACCUGUGACUGCCCACCUGAUUUUGAGCUGAAUCCAACUCGAGUUGGCUGUGUGGAUACCCGCUCUGGAAAUUGCUAUUUGGAUAUUCGACCUCGAGGAGACAAUGGAGAUACAGCCUGCAGCAAUGAAAUUGGAGUUGGUGUUUCCAAAGCUUCCUGUUGCUGUUCUCUGGGUAAAGCCUGGGGUACUCCUUGUGAGAUGUGCCCCGCUGUGAACACAUCUGAGUACAAAAUUCUUUGUCCUGGAGGGGAAGGUUUUCGACCAAAUCCUAUCACCGUUAUAUUGGAAGAUAUUGAUGAGUGCCAGGAGCUACCAGGGCUGUGCCAAGGGGGGAAAUGUAUCAACACCUUCGGGAGUUUCCAGUGCCGCUGUCCAACCGGCUACUACCUGAAUGAAGAUACGCGAGUGUGUGAUGCUGUUCGCCUACAGCCAUAUACCCACCACUCUCUGCUAUGUACUGACACGUUGCCAAACACAUUUCACUAUGCACACCAAAUGUCCCACACCCCUUGUUCGUCUCACUUGUGUUCUCACACUUCCACACACAUAAACUCGACUCACUGGUCCACUACUCCCCCCACGUCCAUGUGUAUACACGUGAUCGGUCCUCUACUGGUCAUGUCUACAGCUCGUUACGACCACUUCUUGCACGGCGUGACCUCCUCCAAUUCUUUUUUUGCCUCCUGCCUAGAUAUGAGAAGAAGUUUGUGCUACAGAAACUACUAUGCUGACAACCAGACCUGUGAUGGAGAACUGUUAUUCAACAUGACCAAGAAGAUGUGCUGUUGUUCCUACAACAUCGGCCGGGCCUGGAAUAAGCCCUGUGAGCAGUGUCCCAUCCCAAGUACAGAUGAAUUUGCUACACUGUGUGGAAGUCAAAGGCCAGGCUUUGUCAUCGACAUUUAUACUGGUUUACCUGUUGAUAUUGAUGAGUGCCGGGAGAUCCCUGGGGUCUGUGAAAAUGGUGUGUGUAUCAACAUGGUUGGCAGCUUCCGAUGUGAAUGUCCAGUGGGAUUCUUCUACAAUGACAAGUUGUUGGUUUGUGAAGAUAUUGAUGAGUGUCAGAACGGCCCAGUGUGCCAGCGCAAUGCCGAAUGCAUCAACACUGCGGGCAGCUACCGCUGCGACUGUAAGCCCGGCUACCGCUUCACUUCCACGGGACAGUGCAAUGAUCGUAAUGAAUGUCAAGAAAUCCCCAACAUAUGCAGUCACGGGCAGUGCAUUGACACGGUUGGAAGUUUUUAUUGCCUUUGCCACACUGGUUUUAAAACAAAUGCUGACCAAACCAUGUGCUUGGACAUAAAUGAAUGUGAAAGAGAUGCCUGUGGGAACGGAACUUGCCGGAACACAAUUGGUUCCUUCAACUGCCGCUGCAAUCAUGGUUUCAUCCUGUCUCACAACAAUGACUGCAUAGAUGUUGAUGAAUGUGCAAGUGGAAACGGGAAUCUUUGCAGAAAUGGCCAAUGCAUUAAUACAGUUGGCUCUUUCCAGUGUCAGUGCAAUGAUGGCUAUGAGGUGGCUCCAGAUGGGAGGACCUGUGUGGAUAUCAAUGAAUGUCUUCUAGAACCAGGAAAAUGUGCACCAGGUACCUGUCAAAACUUGGAUGGGUCCUACAGAUGCAUUUGUCCACCUGGAUACAGUCUGCAAAAUGACAAGUGCGAAGAUAUUGAUGAGUGUGUUGAAGAGCCAGAAAUUUGUGCCCUGGGCACAUGCAGUAACACUGAAGGCAGCUUCAAAUGUCUGUGUCCAGAAGGGUUUUCCUUGUCCUCCACUGGAAGAAGGUGCCAAGAUUUGCGAAUGAGCUACUGUUACGCAAAGUUUGAAGGAGGAAAGUGUUCAUCACCCAAAUCCAGAAAUCACUCCAAGCAGGAAUGCUGCUGUGCAUUGAAGGGAGAAGGCUGGGGAGACCCCUGCGAACUGUGCCCCACUGAACCUGAUGAGGCCUUCCGCCAGAUCUGUCCUUACGGAAGUGGGAUCAUCGUGGGACCUGAUGAUUCAGCAGUUGAUAUGGAUGAAUGCAAAGAACCCGAUGUCUGUAAACAUGGACAGUGCAUCAAUACAGAUGGCUCCUAUCGCUGCGAAUGUCCCUUUGGUUAUAUUCUAGCAGGGAAUGAAUGUGUGGAUACUGAUGAAUGUUCCGUGGGCAAUCCUUGUGGAAAUGGAACCUGCAAGAAUGUGAUUGGAGGUUUCGAAUGCACCUGUGAGGAGGGAUUUGAGCCGGGCCCAAUGAUGACAUGUGAAGAUAUAAAUGAAUGUGCCCAGAAUCCUCUGCUCUGUGCCUUCCGAUGUGUGAACACUUACGGAUCAUAUGAAUGCAAAUGUCCUGUGGGAUAUGUUCUCAGAGAAGACCGUAGGAUGUGCAAAGACGAGGAUGAGUGUGAGGAGGGAAAACAUGACUGCACUGAAAAACAAAUGGAAUGCAAGAACCUCAUUGGCACAUACAUGUGCAUCUGUGGACCUGGGUAUCAGCGGAGACCUGAUGGGGAAGGCUGUGUAGAUGAGAAUGAAUGUCAGACGAAGCCAGGGAUCUGUGAGAACGGGCGCUGUCUUAACACCCGUGGAAGCUACACCUGUGAGUGUAAUGAUGGGUUCACCGCCAGCCCCAACCAGGACGAGUGCCUUGACAAUCGGGAAGGGUACUGCUUCACAGAGGUGCUACAAAACAUGUGUCAGAUCGGCUCCAGCAACAGGAACCCCGUCACCAAAUCUGAAUGCUGCUGUGAUGGAGGGAGAGGCUGGGGUCCCCACUGUGAGAUCUGCCCUUUCCAGGGGACAGUGGCUUUCAAGAAACUUUGUCCCCAUGGCCGAGGAUUCAUGACCAAUGGAGCAGAUAUCGAUGAAUGCAAGGUUAUCCAUGAUGUUUGCCGGAAUGGGGAAUGUGUCAAUGACAGAGGAUCAUAUCAUUGCAUUUGUAAAACUGGGUACACUCCAGAUAUCACUGGGACUUCCUGUGUAGAUCUGAAUGAGUGCAACCAGGCUCCCAAACCCUGCAAUUUUAUCUGCAAAAACACAGAAGGGAGUUACCAGUGUUCAUGCCCGAAGGGCUACAUUCUGCAAGAGGAUGGAAGGAGCUGCAAAGAUCUUGACGAGUGUGCCACCAAGCAACACAACUGCCAGUUCCUCUGUGUUAACACCAUCGGUGGCUUCACGUGCAAAUGUCCUCCUGGAUUUACCCAGCACCAUACGGCUUGCAUUGAUAACAACGAAUGCACCUCUGACAUCAAUCUGUGUGGGUCUAAGGGCAUUUGCCAGAACACUCCUGGAAGCUUCACCUGUGAAUGCCAGCGGGGAUUCUCACUUGAUCAGACUGGCUCCAGCUGUGAAGACGUGGACGAGUGCGAAGGUAACCACCGCUGCCAGCACGGCUGCCAGAACAUCAUCGGGGGCUACAGGUGCAGCUGCCCCCAGGGCUACCUCCAGCACUACCAGUGGAACCAGUGUGUUGAUGAAAACGAAUGCCUCAGCGCCCACAUUUGCGGAGGAGCCUCCUGUCACAACACUCUGGGGAGCUACAAGUGCAUGUGUCCCGCCGGCUUCCAGUAUGAGCAGUUCAGUGGAGGAUGCCAGGACAUCAAUGAAUGUGGCUCUUCGCAGGCCCCCUGCAGCUACGGCUGUUCCAAUACUGAGGGCGGUUACCUGUGUGGCUGUCCACCUGGUUACUUCCGCAUAGGCCAAGGGCACUGUGUUUCUGGAAUGGGCAUGGGCCGAGGAAACCCAGAGCCACCUGUCAGUGGUGAGAUGGAUGACAAUUCACUCUCCCCAGAGGCUUGUUACGAGUGUAAGAUCAAUGGCUACCCCAAACGGGGCAGGAAACGGAGAAGCACAAAUGAAACUGAUGCCUCCCAUAUCGAGGAUCAGUCUGAGACAGAAGCUAAUGUGAGCCUUGCAAGUUGGGAUGUUGAGAAGACGGCCAUCUUUGCUUUCAAUAUUUCCCACGUUAGUAACAAGGUUCGAAUCCUAGAACUCCUUCCAGCUCUUACGACUCUGACAAAUCACAACAAAUACUUGAUCAAAUCUGGAAAUGAAGAUGGCUUCUUUAAAAUCAACCAAAAGGAAGGGAUCAGCUACCUCCACUUCACAAAGAAGAAGCCAGUGGCUGGAACCUAUUCAUUACAAAUCAGUAGUACUCCACUUUAUAAAAAGAAAGAACUUAACCAGCUAGAAGACAAAUAUGACAAAGACUACCUCAGUGGUGAACUGGGUGAUAAUCUGAAGAUGAAAAUCCAGAUUUUGCUUCAUUAAUUCACCAUCCAGAGACCAAAUAAUUAAAAGAAAAACAAAUAUAGAUAGGUAGAACUAUAUUUUCCCCCAAUCAGAAUCAUCAUAUCAUAGGUACAAUCUUUCACCAAGUAAAUUUGUAUAAAUAAGCACUAUUCUUGUUACCAAAGCAAGGUACAGGUGACUACCCUAGUUCAAAACAACCACUUUCUCAGGCUUCUCAUGUGUGUAGCUAAGCUACCUUGUCAUAUGUGUUGAUUCUUGAAAACUGGGACAUGUAUUUCCUUUGGGAGUUGGCCAUUUAUGCUGACAUGCCAUCCUUCCAGCAAACGUACAGGAAUGUGCUUUCAAUUGAUGGACUACUUUUUUUUUUUUUUUUUUUUUUUGCAAAUUUGUAAACUUUGCUUCUCCAAAUACAAGUACUAGGUUGGCCAUUUAUGAUAUCUAUUUGGUGCUAGUCAAUUUUCAAACUAGAUUUAUAAAUGCACUGUAAUAUUUACACAACUUAGAAACCAAAUUACAAAUAUUCAGUUCCAAUACUUCAUUAAUUUCAAUCAACCAAAGUUAGUUCAGUAGCUUAUCUCAGUUAUGAGUAUAAUACAUUACAUGUAAAUUAAGUGUGUGUAUACUGUAAUCGUGCUAUUUUUUAUCAUUGAAACAUUUAUAAACUAGAAUAAUAAUGCCCUUAAUGUGAGGGUUUGUAAUGGUGCUUAUUAAGACCAAAGACUUGUUAAAUGUAUACACUAAGUGGUAAAGAAAUUUCUGUGACUGGCCCACAUGUGCAUAAAGGUCUGGGAGGACCAGGAAACAGCCUCAGUGGCCAGAGGAUCACCAAUGCAUCCUUCAUCACAGCAUGUGCAAUAUGCCAAGAUUACCCUCGGUCAUUCCUGUCAACAAGGGGUCAAUGUCAUAAAUGUCACAAUAAAACAAACUCUUUUUUUUUUUAGUUUACCCCCUGGCUUUGUGUUCUUGCAUGGAUUUGGGGUUGGAGGGGCCAUUCUGGAGGCUGAAGAUAGGCUCUGGAUUUAACUUAUCCUGGGUCUGUUAGUUAUGGCUUAUGAAGGUACUUUUAAUGCAUAACCACUAGAAGAAAAUUUAACGUUAUCCAUUGAAGAUAGAGUCUGGUGUCAUUAACCUGACUUGCUAUGAGAAAUUUAGAUUGUAGAGUCAUUUCUGAAACGUGAGCUAAUUUUGUGACUUUUAAACUCAGAUUUAAAUCGUUUAAAUAUCAAUAUUGUCUUAGAGCACAUGAAUUCCAUUAUAAUUUAUCAUGACCCCCUCUCAAGUAUACACAGUUUUGGUAAGCAUUAAGUAGUCUGUUCCAUUUUUUCCCCCUCAACAUUUGUUAGUCAGUGCUUAUCUAAUUACAAAGGGAUAAUCCCAGACUGCAUCCAAUUGCUAUAACUCUUGCUUUCUUAAUGUCAUAAUUUUAAAAAGGCUAUUUUAAGUGCAAUAUUCAAUAUUUAGCUGUUAGGCUCAUUCUGUUUAUAUGAAAUAAUCUUUUAAAUCCCUAAGGGCAGGAAAGCAUCUCGUGGUAGUAAAAAUAAGGGGAAUUAAGAUUGCUGCAUGAAGAUGGGGGGCGGAGAACUAGGUAGGACACAGGAAAAUCCUCUCAAAAUCUUUGAAGAGCUCAGCUGAAAAAAAAAAAAAAAAAGGUAUCGAUUUGGCAUGUAUUAUUCCAGGGUCAGCUGAUGUCAGCCCCGGAUUAAUACACACAGUCCCAAUUAUAGAGCUACUCACUGAAGGAAUGGGUUUCCUUGCAUUGUGCAGAGCUCCCCGUCACAAGAUAAAAGAGUUUCAGUCUGGCCUUAAUGGCAACCAUUGAACAAAGAUGCUUUCUUCCACCUAACAGGCCAUCAACAUUUUGUAUCUGUAAUUUUGUUUGUAGUAAGUGCUCAACAGAAUGAGCUGAAUGACUAUUACAGAGGAGGUUUGUAACUUGGGUAAGAGGUUAAAAUGUAACUCACAAUUUCCUUCUAACUCUGCACCUAUGGAACCAUGUGAUAGAGGUAUAUUACAAUUGUUAAAGAACAUACAGCCUAUGGUAAACAACAGUUUGCAUAUGGAAAAUGUCUUUGAUAAUUUAACCAGAACUGCAUUAUAUUCAGUAAUGGAUUUUCUUUAUAACAAUGGGAGAAAAUGGAGUUGGCUCACAGUGGAUCACUUUGAUAUUUUUAAUAGUCCAAGUCUGGAUUUUAUUUAUUCCAGAGCCAACAAUUUCUAACAGCAUAUUUUCCAUGUUUCUGACUGUAACAAAACAUUUUACUCAUUGUUCCAUUGUAAAUAUUCCUCUUGUUGAAACUCUUUUUAAUCCUGAGAUUUAAACUGUACCUUUCAAUUGUCUGUGACCUUUCAAUUUCACUUUCAAUAGUUGAAGAACUUGGCUUUGUAAAUCUCUCAGAAGCUUGACAAUGUCUUGUCUCUACCCCCUCAGCCCAUUUCAUUUGCCAGUAAUUAUUUUGUAAGUAGGGUUGAAAUGAACUCAGCUGGCCUUGUGAAAUGUUUAAACUUGCACAAACAACUACAUUUUUGUUCAACAAAUAGUACUUUACUCAGCCAAAAUCGCUUUGGACAUUGCCAUUAUAAAUACUGUUAAACUUCAAAAAUCAUGUCUGUAAAUUAGAUGAGCCAAAAUAAAGGACAAUUAGGUUGA